GACUCCAACAUGGAGCUCACAGUCCUCCGGGCAGCGAAGGAGUUAAUGUAAUCUGUGCCUGUGGAUGGGCGGAGAUUGCAGCUGGGAAUCGAACUGGUCCAACGAGCAGAAAGUCGCUGCAGGAGUUGGUGUGUUUGUGUCGAGGCCUCGUCUGGAGCUCAGGGCUCCUCCGUGUUUGGACCGACAUGUCGGAGGAGAAGCUGCGGAGCUGCUGUCACAGUCUCCGGGGGAAGUAGUGGAGACGUGGAAGUCUGCCGGAGGAUUUUCCCCGACAACACACAACCGACAAACGGAUGAUCCCUCCGGUGUUCACCCUUCGUUAUGAGCGCAGAUCCGUGGAGCUGCCGGAGGAGACACGCGCGCGUCACUGUCGUGGUUUCCACGCAUCAUCGAGUCCAGCGAGGGGUCUGAUGGGAAAGUAAUUAAAGCUCGUGUCGGGCAGAGAUCGAGAUCAGACGUUUCACCAGCACGACGAGUGGCACCAUGCGCUGGAGCCCGGGGACGUGGAUGUGGCGCGCGGCUCUGUGCUGCGCGCUCCUGCAGACCUUUACGCACCCGGUCCGAGGUCUCAACAUGUGUAUGAGUGGCAGUGCUACGUCCUGUGAAGAAUGUCUCCUGAUUCAUCCCAGUUGCGCCUGGUGCGCACAAGAGGAUUUUGGGAAGGGGCGAACUCUGACGUCACGGUGCGAUUUCCGUCAGAACUUGGAGAAGAGGGGCUGCGAGGCUCGGUCCAUCGAGUUCCCCACCAGCAGCUUCUCAAUCCUGCAGAACAGACCCCUGAGUUCGAAAGGCUCCGGGUCCAGCCAGGACGAUGUGGUUCAGAUUAUGCCUCAGAAAAUCUCCCUCAGUCUGAGGCCGGGAGACCAGACGUGGUUUGGCCUGCAGGUGCGGCAGGUGGAGGACUACCCGGUGGACCUCUACUACCUGAUGGACCUCUCUCUGUCCAUGAAGGACGACCUGGACACCAUCCGGAACCUGGGCACCAAGCUGGCCCAGGAGAUGGGGAAGCUCACCAGCAACUUCAGGCUGGGCUUCGGCUCCUUCGUGGAUAAAAACAUGUCCCCGUUUUCCUACACGGCGCCCAAGUAUCAAGAGAAUCCAUGUAGCGGAUACAAACUCUUCCCCAACUGUGUCCCCACCUUCGGUUUCCGCCACAUCGUCUCACUGACGGACAAAGUGGACCGCUUUAACGAGGAGGUGCAGAAGCAGAUGGUGUCUCGCAACCGGGACGCACCAGAGGGCGGAUUUGACGCCAUCCUGCAGGCCGCGGUUUGUAAGGAGGAAAUAGGUUGGAGGAAGGGGGCGUACCACCUGCUGGUGUUCGCCACAGACGACGUGCCUCACCUCGCUCUGGACGGGAGGCUCGGAGGCCUCGUCCAGCCUCACGAUGGGCGGUGCCACCUCAACGACAGGAACGAGUACAGCGCCUCCACAAAGAUGGAUUAUCCCUCUCUGGCUCUUCUGGGAGAGAAACUGGCAGAAAACAACAUCUUUCUCAUCUUCGCAGUCACAAAGCGACUCUACGUUAUUUAUAAGAACUUUACUGCACUCAUCCCUGGAACCACAGUGGAAAUCCUGGAUCAGGACUCUAAGAACGUCAUCCAGCUGAUCAUCACAGCCUACAAUAACAUCCGCUCUAAAGUGGAGCUGUCGGUGUGGGACCACCCUGAGGACAUCGGCCUUUCCUUCACCGCCACCUGCCAGGAUGGGACGCCGCUGCCAGGCCUCAGGAAGUGUGCCGACUUGAAGAUAGGAGACACCGUUUCGUUCAACGUGAGCGUGGAGGCGAGGAGCUGCCCGGGCCGCGGCGCCGACCAGAGCUUCACCAUCAAGCCGGUGGGGUUCAAAGACCGUCUGGAGGUGGUGGUGGAUUAUCAGUGUGACUGCGGCUGCAGCCGGACGGCACAGACCAACAGCAGCAUCUGCAGCUCCAUGGGUACUUAUAACUGUGGGACGUGUCGCUGCGAGCCGGGCUACCUGGGCGCCCGCUGCGAGUGCCAGGAGGGCGAAGCCAGCAGCAUGUACCUCAGCGCCUGCCGGGAAGCCGAGGGGAAGCAGAUCUGCAGCGGGCGCGGAGAGUGCAGCUGCAACCAGUGUCUGUGCUACGAGUCGGAGUUCGGCAAGAUUUACGGAGCCUUCUGCGAGUGUGACGACUUCUCCUGCGCCCGGCACAAAGGCGUCCUCUGCUCUGGUCACGGAGAGUGUCACUGCGGGGAGUGCAAGUGUCACGCUGGUUACAUCGGCGACAACUGCAACUGCUCCACGGAGACGUCGAUCUGCGUUUCGGACGACGGGCAGAUGUGCAGCGGGCGGGGCAACUGCGUGUGCGGCCGCUGUCAGUGCACCGAGCCGGGCGCCUUCGGGGACACGUGUGAAAAGUGCCCCACCUGCCCCGAUGCCUGUGGAACUAAGAGGGAGUGUAUCGAGUGCCGGCUUUUCAACUCGGGGCGACUUGCAGACAACCAGACCUGCCAGCGCCUGUGCAAGGAUGAAAUCAUCGCUGUGGAGAGCUUCAACUCGGACGACCCUGGCGCUGUGCUUUGUCUCUACAAGACAGACAACGAUUGUGUCAUGAAGUUCACGUACUCGGAGCACGCCAGCGGACGAUCCGUCCUCACCGCCCUUAAAGAGCCAGAGUGUGGUGGAGGCCCGGAGGCCAUGACGGUGCUGCUGGCUGUCGUCGGCAGCAUCCUGCUGGUGGGGGUCGUGCUGCUCGCCGUCUGGAAGCUGGUCAUCACUAUUCACGACCGGCGAGAGUUUGCAAACUUCCAGAACGCACGCUCCCGAGCCCGAUACGAGAUGGCCUCCAACCCUCUGUACAAGCAGCACGUCUCUACACAUUUUGUAGAAACAGAUUUCAACAUGUAUGGGAAGUCCUACAACGGAGGGGUCCACUGAUCCCUCAGCACUGGGGCGCGGCAGGACCGGUCCAACGAACAGAUCCCUGGAGGACGGGGCCGAGCUGGACUGAACUCAUCCCUCCGCGCGGUGCUGAUCGCUGACGUGAAAUGAACUAGACUGUGUCCGAGGUAGAGGCGGUAGAGAAUAUGUGGCCUUUUUAUCUCUACAGAGACGAUUGGAGCCGACCACAGAGAAAAUAUUUGACUUCCUCUUCUUCCUCCGUGUGCGUCGGCGGUGGCGUCGGCAGCCGGCGGCGCAGCAACGGUGCACAAACUCCUUAGUCCUGUUUAGAGAGAGGAAGUUAGCAACGAGUUUAUCUGACGUCACACGAGAUCAACAAACUGUCAAUCAUGAAGUCCAACACUCCAACAACUUAAAACCACCGUUACACUCUUUGUACAGAGCAUCGACUUAUAUUUGUAUAUUUUUAUAAACACUUUAAAAAGCCCCUUUUUUUUUUUUUUAGUCUAAACUAUGCACAGGACUCUGAACAACAUGAAUUUCACUCGUCUUCAAAUUCACGGGAUCAGUAGAAAAAGCACAUAUUCCUGACGGUGGCUGUGACGACGUCGUGGUACUACUAACAUUUACUAAGCAUUAGAGGUCUUACCUUCAAUUUGCACAGCGAAAGAUUUAGAUUUUUCUUUAAUGUUGUGUUUGUGUGUUGUUGUGUUUUUUUUGCUCCACUUGCACUCCACUCUCUCCAUCUGAACCCCCCCAGCUCCUCAGCUCCUAAAGGAUUCGACGGAUGUUAAUCUCUGUUCGUCUUUAUCUCGCAGAAUCCCAUGAAAAGACCAAAACCAGCCACGUGGUCGAGCGUCGGUACUUUGAGAGUUAGUCUCAGAUGCAGACCUCAGACAUUAAUAUCUGAAAACAUGAGAAUUUACAAAGAAAAGGCUUUAACAAUAAUUAAUUUAAUAGUCAAUCAAUAGAUAAUUGAUCUGGGAUAAUUCUGAUGGUAAAUUUAACCUUUUUCCCCUCAUAACCACUAAAUAUUUUCUAACUCCAGCCUCAGGCUCCUUUUCCCACAGUAAAUAUAAUAUAUUUUGGUUUUGUUGUGUUGAAUAGAGAAAUUUUACUCUUCAGACAAAUGAACUUGGAGAAUAAUCGUCAGAGGAAUCUGUAAUAAAACGAAGUGCGAGCUGGAAAUGAGCUACAGUGAAUAUUGAAUCGUUAUUAAAAGUAUUUAACGCAUCAGGUUCUACAGGCUGUGUGAAGCCGUACGCUGAUGACACACCAUUAUUUAUGGUUUCUUUUAAAACUGGUGGACAUGAAUUUCCAGAUUUCAAUAAUUCUGAAAGGAACCAGUUCAAGAACCAGAGCUAAUUGGGUGAAAAAGAACAAGCAGUGCAGAGGUGUGGCUCCCUGAUGAAUCCCUGAAGCACAGAGGAGACAGAAGAUUUAUCAGAUCCACACACACACAUUAAUCUUCAGUAAAUCAGUUCAUCGCUGGUUUUGGUCUUUUCGUUGAAUUUACAUGUGACAGAAUAAUAUAAAAUAUCACCGACCUCCGAACCCUUCACAUCACGAUCAGAAACACAUGUUCACGCUGCACAGCGAGCGCCGGGGUGACGGCCUGGAGGAAUUCUCAUGUGAUCAAGUAAAUAUGUCACACCCACGAUAAGAUCACCUCCAAGCUGCUGCAGUGGUUUGAGGCUCGGCCGGUUUGUGACUGACUCUCUCUCUCUGAGGUGCCCUUGAGCAAGGCACUUAACCCCAGCUGCUCAGUGGCCGGCGGGUCAGACUGUGGCUCUACUGUGUGAAUGUCACGAAUAAAGAUUCAUAGAUAUUGGUAAUGCAGUAUGUCAUAUGUUCCCCUGUGAAACUGUCGUCCAGCUGUGGGAGUGGGUGGAAACAUCUGGAAUCCUCUGAGGGGAGGAAUCUGACAGCGGGACACGUUAGGUGGGCUGAGCUCUGGGGCCCUUUACUUUCCUUUUCGCGGUCGUACAGUGAAAGUGGCCGGGACCCGGCGUUGGUGUGUUUUCAGCGAUCGGAGAGUAUGUAAAUAUGAUUUCCUUUGUGUACUUUUGUACAUACUGUGCCAAAUGAAAUGAGGUGGUGGACGUUUGACUCAUAAAUCACCAGUGCAGCAUUCCUCCUGAACAUGUUCACAUGGAUGACCCGCACCAGCACAUACGUGUUUAUGUAAAACCGCACAGAGCAAGAACAAUAAAUCUGCUUAUGUCAAAAGUCA